AUGAACGGGGUCGGCGACGCAGUCAUUCCAGAGCUCACUCCAAACGAACGGCAAGAUGUAGAACAGCUAUCAACGGAAAAUCCGGGGGGCAUGCACUCGAGCGAAGACGUUGCGAGGAAAGAUGACGGAGGAGUUGGGGGAUCUCUGUUCGUGAACGUCCUAGAGGACUUGGAAGGCUCAGCGGACUACGAAGAAGUUGCACACAUGGCGCGGAUUCGGCUUCUGCAGCACCUGGUGCCGCCGCACUUUGCCCUCCGCACGCUGUGCCCGGGGAUCUACGCGUACGCGAAGGCCACGGGCUGGCCUAGUUCUCGCGCACAGCUACUGCGCGACCGGCAGUUAGUGGAUGUUUCGAUGCGCUCGUUCUACGCGUCGCUCCGCCCCAGCCGCCUGCGGAACCAGACUGCCGCCAAGGUGGAGACUCCGCUGUGCAGCGCCUUCAUCUACAAUUCGUCCUGUCCUCGGCGCAGCCGCGAAGGAAUCCCCAGCUUCUUCGUCAAAGUGAAAAACGCCGCGUGCUCCAGGUCGAACGCGCCUUCCGACGGCGUAGCCGGCAGCGCCUCUCUCCCCAGGAUCUCCGCAACGGGCACUCUGCCGGGCGACUGUAUGCGUGCGCGAACGUCCCGAGAGCCAGCGCCUCCUUCAGACUCCUCACGCGCGCCUCCCACACCCGCGGAGGCUGGGACAAGCCUCGCCCAGGCUUUGGCUGCCUCGCCCGUCACCCCGCGCCCUGUGGCUGAGCCGGUCAGCGGUGGCGACGAGGAGCGUGUGAAGAGAGCCGAGGAAGCGGUUGGGCGGCAGGAAGCUGACGCAGGAGCCCGACUCGCCGCCACAGGCCCCGAAGCGCCGUCGCCCUCUCAGCUGCCGGCGGCUGAGCAGGGGGGCUGGGUGGAGGCGGCGGUGCGAAUCGCGGAGCUGAUUCAGUCUACCUCAGGGGUCUCCGAUGCUCCGCGGGAGGGCCGAAAAAGCGUGCUUCAGAGGCUGCGCGACAUGUCGCCGCGGCGAUCCAAGGUCGCAGACACCCCGGACGACAAGAAAAGGGACGAAACGCGGCAGAAAUGGAUUUUCUUCCUGCACGGAGGCGCAUUCGUCUUCAACAGGCCGGACUCGUAUCGCCUGUUCACAAAUGAUAUUUCCGUCCUCACUGGCGCGAAAGUAUUCUGUCCCGACUACACGUUGGCGCCGGAACGCGUCUGGCCCGCGCAGCUGGAGGAGUGCCUCGCGGCCUACGAGUUCCUCUGCGCUGAGGUGGGCGUGAGAGGCGAAGACAUCAUUCUCAUGGGGGACAGCGCGGGCGGAAACCUUGCUGUGACUUUGAUGGCGAAAAUCAUCGAACGCGACAGACAAGGCGAGGCGGACGAGGGCGGGCCUGCGCGUCUCCCGCGACCCGCCGGCAUGGUCCUGCUGUCGCCCUGGCUGGAUCUCACCAUGAAGGGGCCGUCGUACACGCUGAACGCGGCGAGAGAGCCUGUGUUGCCUCUGGCGAGCAUUCGCCAGUCGAUCCGCGUUUACGUGCAUGGGCGCUUUGAUCUCGGGCAGCUGUCGGAGGCAGAGAUCGAGGCCGCCCUCGACGCGACGACCAGCGAGAAGCUCUGCCUCGACAGCCCGGUGGCGCCACGCUCGGAAGAGGACGGAGACUCCAGCGAAGAUCCCGCGUCGUCGCCCUCUCUCCGCGAGGUUCCAGGAGAUCAGCGGAAUUUCUCGAAUCCGUGGAUCUCGCCCGUCUUCUUCGGAGCGGACGUCCUCAAGGAAAUGCCGCAGACGCUCAUUCAUGUCGGCUCGCUCGAGGUUCUCUUGAGCGACAGUUUGAUUUUCGGGCGGCGCGUGAACGAGGCCGUGUCCGGCUGCAAGCUGCCUCCGCAGGCCUGGAGCUCAGCUGACGAGGCGCUGUUCGCGGCGGAGGUGAAUCCCCGAAAGGGGCGGCUUGUGGCGUCGCUGCCGCGCAGUGGGCAACCGAAGGGCGUGACGGAGGAGACUCCCAAGUCCUGGGCGCAGCUCGGGAAGGCUCGCGAGGGGGUGGACGCGUCCGCGCAGAGCCUAGAGGCGCUGGCGCCUCGGGAGGCCGAUGAGCCCGAGCCCGCUCCCGAAGAGACAGAAGCAGAGACUGCGAAGGAAGCGCCUGCGUACUUCAAGUCCUGCGGCUGGCUGAGCGAGGCGGAUGUGCAGAAGCUCAACAGCGAAGGCACGCUCUGCCCGGUCGGAUGCGAGGCCCGAGCCGCGCGAGUCGAAGUCAAAGUUUGGAAGGACGAAUUCCACGUCGUAAGUCCGUCGCGGUCGCAACACGCGCUGGCGAAUCUCGAGGGGGUUCCCAAGAGGUUCAGGUCCGGGGCUCUCGCUUGA